GUGGAACCUAACAAGACUGACGAUGAUGAAACAAAAAAUGAGAAGGACAAAGAAAGCGUGUCCACCUGGCUCUUACAAGAUGUCGUCCAGACAGCAGGAGUGUUUCCCCUGCCCAGCCAACAGUGUCGCAGAAGAGGAAGGAUCCAUGGUGUGCUUGUGUGAGGAGGAUCACUUCAGGACCCCUUUGGACAAUCCCUCAGCGCCAUGCACACGUCCCCCAUCCCCUCCCAGAGACUUGACCUAUACUCUGAAGCAGUCCACGCUGAUCUUGGACUGGGCUGCUCCGUCCGACACAGGUGGCAGGGUGGAUUUGACCUACAGUGUGGGAUGCCGGAAGUGCAUCGGGAGGCAGUGUGAGCCAUGUGGGGCUAGCGUUGGAUUUGUGCCUCAGCAGGUUGGCCUGACAGAAAGAACUGUGACUGUGGUCAAUCUUCUUCCCAACACCAAUUACACAUUUACUGUAGAAGCCUUGAAUGGAGUGUCAGAGCUGCUGCCCAACAAGAGGUUCUACACACAAGUCAACGUGUCUACAAGCCUGCCUGCACCAUCUCUUAUCAGCGAACUGCGAGCAGAGAAGAUCGAACAGAAGAGCAUAACCUUGGUGUGGAGAGAGCCCUCUCAUCCCAACAGCAGCCGGACUGGAUAUGAAGUCAAAUACUAUGAAAAGGAACAAAAGGAUCAGAGUUAUUCUACUGUGAAGACUGCCGCCACACGGAUCAGUGUCAACAACCUUAAGCCCGGCACCACAUAUGUCUUCCUCAUCCGCCCCUUCUCAACACCAGCUCCUUCCUCAGCCUUGUCUUCUUCCCCGCUCUCAUCUUCCUCCUCUACGUCCUCUUCCUCUUCUACAUCAUCCUCCUCUUCAUCCUCAUCCUCGUCCCCGCCGCCCAUUGAUUACGGGGCGUACAGCACUCCCCUGGAGCUGCAGACACUUGGCGAGUUGGCACUGGCGUCCAGUGAACAGAAUCCGGUGGUGAUCAUUGUUGUCGUGUCUGUGGCUGCCCUCAUUAUGCUGCUCUCCAUGGGAGCUGGACUGCUCAUCUGGAGGAGCAGCGUCUGCUCAGGCUCUUCCAAUGUAACUCCUGCUAGCGUGGUGCUGCUUUCGACCUCCUUCUCCACCCUUCCUCCUCCUCCUCUUCUUUCUCCUCUUCCUCCCUUCACAGAGCUGAUGCCCAGGCAAUGUGGCUACAGUAAGGCUUCUCAAGAGGGAGAUGAGGAACUUUACUUCCAAUUUAAGAUCCCAACACGGAGGACCUACAUUGACCCCGAGACUUGCGAAGACCUACUUCAGGCUGUCCACGCCUUUGCCAAAGAGCUGGACAACUCGAGCAUCAAGAUCGAGAGAAUUGUGCACACAGGUGACUUUGGGGAGGUGUGCCGUGGCUGCCUGAAGUUGCCCAGUAAGAGGGAGCUGCCUGUGGCCAUAAAGACGUUAAGGGCUGGUUGUUCUGACAAGCAGCGCCGUUCCUUUCUUAGCGAAGCUGGCAUUCUCGGGCAAUUUGACCACUCUAACAUAAUCCGGCUGGAGGGCGUUAUCACCACUGGAAACACCAUGAUGAUCAUAGUGGAGUGCAUGUCUAACGGAGCCUUAGAUUCAUUCCUUAGGAAACAUGAAGGCCAGUUGAGUAUAAUGCAGUUGAUGGAUUUGCUGACCGGAGUGGCGUCGGGGAUGAAGUACCUCACCGAAAUGGGCUUUGUCCACAAACGGCUCGCCGCGCACAAGGUGCUGGUUAACUCCAACCUUGGCUGCAAGGUGUCUGGCUUCAGACCUCUUCAGGAGGACAAAAUAGAGGCCAUCUACACCACGCUGCACGGAGGGAAAAGUGUGGUGCUGUGGACCGCUCCAGAAGCCAUCCAGUACCAUCGUUUCUCCUCUGCCUCAGAUGUCUGGAGCUUUGGCAUUGUCAUGUGGGAGGUCAUGUCCUAUGGCGAGAGACCCUACUGGGAUAUGGGCAACCAGGAUGUGAUAAAGGCCAUCGAGGACGGUUUCAGGCUGCCAGCUCCAGUUAACUGCCCUCCACAUCUCCAUCAGCUGAUGCUGGACUGUUGGCAGAAGGAGAGGACGGAGAGGCCCAGCUUCAGUCAGAUCCACUCGGCCCUCAGCAAGAGCAUUCGCUCGCCUGAUGGUAUCGGUUCCUCCACACUGGCGCGAAGAACCCUGAGUUCAUCCAUUACACUAGCUGACAGGCCUCUCCCCACCUUCCCAUCUUUUAACUCUGUUGGAGAGUGGCUGGAUGCAGUAGACAUGGGCCGAUACAAGGACAACUUCACUGCUGCGGGAUACUGCUACUUGGAGUCUGUGGCACGAAUGACUGUACAAGAUGUAUUGAGCCUUGGCAUCACUUCCCUGGAGCACCAGAAGCUGAUACUGGCUGCCAUCCAGACUCUGAGAGCCCAGGUCAUCCAAAUGCACGGGCGUGGUGUGCAGGUCUAAACGGUCAACUCACCUAGUCUCGUGCUGCUGCAGAUCCUUACAUGUGUGCAGAUGGAUGAUGGGGUGGAGGCGAGGAGAGAGAGAGAGAGAGAGAGCUCUUCCAUACAUAAAGAUAGAUGAGCUGAUCUUUCAGCUAACUGCACUCAUCUAUUUACUCCUCCUUCCCACACUUCCUCAUGCCUUCCUUUAUUCCUUCCUUUCUCUUUUCAACAAGUCCCCCUUGAAGACUGCGAUCAGUUGUGACAUUGUGUUCAUGUCAUAACCGGGGGGGAUAGCAGAGGAGUGAUGUCAUGUGACUUUUUGUGACCUCUAUCUGCACUUUGACCUUCAACGCCUGUGUUGGCUCCAUCUUACUGGUUCUAGAUCAGCGCAUAAAGACAAAUUAAAAAUGUCUCUGUCUGAAGCCGAACUCUGAUCUGUGGGAGAGACGCGCACAGCAAUUUUGAACUACAGCUCGAAGACACGUGAACAUUUGGGGUGAAAUAUCCCUUUACAACAUAAAUUCACUAAAAACCAAGAUAUUCUCGAUGAAGGGAACUAUUUUAUUGGCCUUGGGUCAAAACAAUGCCUCAGAACUAGCACAGCUGAUUUCACAUCAACAGGAACUGAUUUGCUACGAAGAUACAGAAUCACAUCAAGAACGGUCAAAGCUGAUCUCAUAUCAGCUGGUAAAGAAAUACUCUAAAGAAUAAACAUGGCUGGAAUGUAACUUGCGUUUUCAAAGCAGCAGGUUGGGAAGACCGUGCUAUUCAGGUUAGUGAAGCCGGAGGUUGGAU